UCGAAACAUCGGCUAUCUAUUGCAAGUAUGCAUAGGUUAGAAAUAUGGGUUGUGAUGUCUGAGGCACUCCAUCACGUCUUAAUGGACACAAGUUUCAACGAUAGCUUUUUGACGGUAAACUAAGAGGUACGAGUUUUUGAAGAAGACAAACUUUUACACUUAGUUGCCUUUUCAUUAUUAUAUCCAUUGAACAGCGGGCGCUAUUUUUCUGAGGCAGAAACGAUUAGGUGGUACGCAUAACUGAAAAGCCACUUAAGGCUUUCGUGGCCAAACAUAGACCCGAUACUAUAUAUAACCCUUCACGACAACUUUUCUUCGUAUCAAUCGCUCUUUCGUAGGGUUCCAAGUUCCUGCGUUUCACCCCUCACCUGUAAGCUGGUUUCCACUUUGUUUUUUUUUGAGAUGCAUGUAACCCGUUCUAUAACGCCAUCUACUCUUACUUAGGUUACUCCGUACUUGAAGAAACUCACAAAGACAUAACAGGGUGAUCUACAGUAGGAUAAAAUCGAAAUAUUUACAUAUCGUAAGCAUGCAAUUUUUGCUUUUUUACGUUUUUCUGUAGCCCUCGCUUAUCAUUGUUUUCGACUGUUUCUGUAAAUUUGCUGUGGGAGUUUCUCGUUCUAUUGGGAAAGCUUUCUUUAUAGAAAUGCAGUUUUUAAGGUCACGACCCGUUGUUUUUAGAGCCCUAAUAUCCAACCAACGACAAACGUGUUAAGCACUCACAUUUUACAACUCCAGCCUCUUUAGAACGAGAAGUACUCAAUAAACGGCUGCUCGUUCAUAGGGAACGGAGUUGAAAAUAGCGCUAAUGACUAGGCAGUCUCAGCAGAAACUCAUAACAACUAGAAAAACACUACUUGUAGUUCAUACGUUAGAAAGCGUAGCAGUUCGCUGCAGUGUUGCAAAGAUCAGCUAGUGCAAGCCUAGCGCAAGUUGAUAAACAGCAGCAGCUUGCAGGCGCCUAAGGUAGAGUGGCCACAUGUCCUGCUUUCAUAGUUGCACCAAUAUGCCACAAACGAUCGUGUUCACGAAAACCUGCGGACGUUUUUGAAAUAGCUUAGCGUCUUAGUAUGAUCCAUUGCAUCAGCAGCUUUGUCGGGUCUAUAGAGCGACGUUCGACGUUGACGUCCAUGGGGUGGCUUGCGGGCGGACGACGCCAAAUUCUACGACUGCUACUCUAGUUUUUGCGGCGUUGCAGCUGCAAUUUGGCGUAUGUAGAUGUGUGGUAAUAUGACCCUAAUUCUGUCGAUUUUGUAUUGUGAGGACCGUCGUUUAGUCGUUUUCGAGCGAGCACACACUAGCCUGUUGGGCUCAUAUCCACUGGAGCUAUAGUAGUAGCCAUACUCGUAAUAGAAAUAAUUGAUGGGUCGAAUUGGUACUGCUUUCGAUGCGUCAUUCCUGCCGCUGCCGUAGCCGCAACCACAGACAGAACCCACACUCACUUUCAUUGCUACCGCAAAACCACGUUCCCUGUAAAAGUUUAUAACUCGGUCGCGUUACACCGCAGGGCGGCCAAGUGCGCGUGUCCUGGUUGUGGCGCUUCGAUAGAAGCGUACGAAUUGCCAGUUAAAGGUUUCUGACGAAAAAUGGCCGCCAUCAACGGUGGAGCAUGCAUGAUCACUGUGUCUGGCAGCAGCUGUGCACAGAUAUAUGCAUAUCAAACUAAUAGAUGUAAAAGAGAAAUGAUCUGAUACCAGAUCACGUGAAGGAGAGACGCGUCGCGGUUGUUCCAGGUGGUAAAAGAGUAACGUGACAAACUGUGAUCCGGCAACCCUAACAAUUUCGUACCGUUGCAGUAGCUUUUACGACUACUGUGAAACAUGUCUAGCGGUGGUGACACAGAGACUCCGGUAAUUGGUGAGCAACAGGAACACGAUGAGGAGUCGACGUAUAAGCCCCCGGCACAGAAAACCCUUCAGGACAUUGUGAGCGCCGAUGCCGAGGAUGAAAGCUUACUCAAGUACAAGCAGGCUCUGCUAGGCCAGGCCUUGUCGGGCGAGCAGAUAGUGGUCGAACCAGACAACCCCAAAAAUGUGAUAGUGAAGAAGCUGGCUUUGGUUGUCGAAGGUCGACCCGACGUUGUGCUUGACCUAACGCAGGAUCUUGCCGAAAUCAAAAGAAGGACAUUCACCGUUAAGGAAGGUAUUCUCUACCAGAUCCGAAUCGAGUUUUUCGUCCAACGCGAAAUCGUCACGGGACUAAAAUACGUUCAGAGGAUCACUCGGCUCGGGGCACCUUUGGAGAGAAUGUCUCAAAUGGUCGGGAGCUACGCACCAAAGCACGAGCUCCAAUCGUUUACGACGCCCAAGGAAGAAAUGCCUUCGGGGAUGUUAGCACGAGGCAGUUACGUCGCGAAGUCGCUAUUUACCGAUGAUGACCAGCACGAGCACCUCAAGUGGGAAUGGAGUUUCGACAUAAAGAAGGACUGGGAGGACUAAGCUCAGAAAUGCCCGUUGAAUGUCUUACAGUGAAAGUGACUUGUCUGACUGGUUCACUUGACAAAUAUGUCAGCAAGAAUCACGCCUGCUACUUGCAUACGCGCUAAAGAGGCCUAUAUAUGUAGAAAAACACGAAGAUAAC